UCACGGCAUUCCUCUAUCGCUCUUAUAUUAUAUUUCUUCUUUCUUUUUUGCACUAUCCAUUUGUAGACCUCAAUCUCUCCCUCCUUCGCUCUUCGUUGUUAUCUUUAACCCAUCUUCAUCACUUCGCUUCAUCCAUUUUCACUGCCGCAUAGAAGGUUGUGAGUACUCUGUUUGAAAGAUGGAGAUUACCAAUGUCACUGAGUAUGAGGCUAUUGCAAAGGAGAAGUUGCCAAAGAUGGUAUAUGACUACUACGCAUCUGGUGCUGAAGACCAGUGGACCCUGAAGGAGAACCGCAAUGCCUUUUCCAGGAUUUUAUUCCGUCCCCGUAUUCUUAUCGACGUAAGUAAGAUAGACAUGUCUACGACUGUGCUGGGAUUCAAAAUUUCAAUGCCUAUUAUGAUUGCUCCAACUGCCAUGCAAAAGAUGGCUCACCCUGAAGGGGAGUAUGCAACCGCCCGAGCAGCAUCUGCAGCAGGCACUAUUAUGACCCUUUCCUCGUGGGCUACCUCUAGUGUGGAAGAAGUUGCCUCCACUGGACCUGGCAUUCGUUUCUUCCAGCUAUAUGUGUACAAGGAUAGAAACGUGGUGGCGCAACUUGUGAGAAGAGCUGAAAAAGCUGGAUUCAAAGCCAUUGCCCUGACUGUGGACACUCCAAGGCUUGGUCGCAGGGAAGCUGAUAUCAAGAACAGAUUUACUUUGCCACCAUUUUUGACAUUGAAGAACUUUGAGGGAUUGGAUCUUGGUAAAAUGGACCAGGCAGACGACUCUGGACUUGCCUCAUAUGUUGCGGGGCAGAUCGACCGUACUCUCAGCUGGCAGGAUGUGAAGUGGCUGCAGACCAUCACCAAGUUGCCAAUUCUAGUGAAGGGUGUACUUACUGCUGAGGACACAAGGAUCGCCGUUCAAAGUGGAGCUGCUGGAAUUAUUGUUUCAAAUCAUGGAGCUCGCCAACUCGACUAUGUCCCUGCAACCAUCAUGGCUUUAGAAGAGGUUGUCAAAGCUGCUAGAGGCGAAGUUCCUGUUUUCUUGGACGGCGGUGUUCGGCGUGGAACAGACGUUUUCAAAGCAUUAGCACUCGGCGCAUCUGGCAUAUUUAUUGGGAGGCCAGUGGUGUUCUCUUUGGCAGCAGAGGGCGAGGCUGGUGUGAGGAAAGUUCUUCAGAUGCUGCGUGACGAGUUUGAGCUGACAAUGGCGUUGAGCGGGUGCCGCUCACUUCAGGAGAUCACACGCAACCACAUUGUAGCCGACUGGGACACUCCUCGUGUCGUACCGAGGCUAUGAGAGAUGGUUGUGUUGUGUAUGCAAGCAAGGAACAGCAAUUGGCAGUGUUGAAUUCUUGGGGUUCUGAUAUUAUAGCAUAUGAACGAUGCUCUGUUAUGAUAAGCAUAUGUGAUGUCUUCUUGAAUGGGAUAUUACAUUCAUCCUAUAUUGUUUCUGUUGCCAAUAAUGGAAAAAAGGUAUUUUGAAUU